UAUUUUUAAUAAUUUAUUUAAUAAUGUGGCAAAAGUUAAACUGUAAUUCCAAAGAUUUACAACUCUUGGGCACAUUGAACGGCGGCCAAAGUUUUAGGUGGACAUUGAAAAAUGAGGAAUGGACUGGAGUAUUUAAAAAUACCGUGUGGAAAAUAAAACAAGAUCAUACAAGCACAUACUAUCGCGUUGUAAAUUCGUUAUUGAUCAACUCUCAAGAUCAAAAUAAUAUUAAAAAGAAAAUUAAACUUGAUAACGAUGAUAUAUAUCCAACUCUUUUAAGAGAAUAUUUUCAGCUGAAUGUUGAUUUGCAAAAACAAUAUUUGAUGUGGAACGAAAAAGAUUCCAAUUUUUCGAAAAUAUCUGAAAAAUUUUACGGUAUUAGAGUUCUGAAACAAGAACCUAUUGAAAAUAUUUUUUCUUUUAUAUGCAGCUCUAAUAAUAAUAUACAACGGAUAACUGGUUUAGUAGAGAAAUUAUGCACAAAUUAUGGUGUGAAAAUUUGCGAUGAAGACGGAGUAUCAUAUUAUAGUUUCCCAGAAGUAGAAGCUUUAGCACCAGAUGGGGUAGAAGAUAACUUGCGUAAAUUAGGUUUUGGUUAUCGUGCAAAAUACAUUAAUCAAACAGCAAAAAUGAUUACUAAACUAGGAGGAAUUCAAUGGAUAAAUGAAUUAAAAGAAACAGAUUAUACUGUAGCUAAAGAAAAGCUUUUGCAAUUGCCUGGCAUUGGCCCAAAGGUUGCAGAUUGUAUUUGUCUGAUGUCUUUAGGACAUCUUUGUGCAGUACCUGUUGAUACACAUGUAUUUCAAAUUGCAAGUAGUCCUUGCUAUUUGCCUCACUUAAAAAAAUCAAAAAGUGUCACUAAAAAGAUCUAUAAUGAAAUUGGUGAUUACUUUCGAGACUUAUAUGGACCAUUAGCUGGCUGGGCACAAACGAUAUUAUUUUGUGCUGAUUUAAAGAUGUUUUCAAAUGAGAAUUUAAUUAAAUAA